AUGAAAUUAACACUUGCCAAUUCGAUCCUAUUUUUGAGCUCAUUAACAUCUUUUAUCAUUCGCGGAAUUUAUCCAGCAAAUUUUGUCAAGUUUGGCUUAUUUAUUCUUAUUUCACGGUUUCCAAAAAGAAUUGAAUGGUCAAUAGCUAUUUUGAGCUCGAUGAUCCUGGCACAUAUAACAUCUUUUCAAGAAGAUUUACUAUUUUUAUCAGCUUUAAUAUAUUCUUUUCCUCAAGACUGUAAAUUACAAAAAAACUCAACAAUAAACUUAUACAUUUUGAUUAAUAUUGCCUGGCUUAUUGUUUCAGGAUAUUUUAGAGCAGGUCAAAUUGAACUACUUUUUAUUAUAGGUAUAUCUUUUAUCUCUGUUUGAGACAUAUCACAAUCUAUAAAACUUAAUAAGCUAGAAGCAGAAAAUAUUGAGUUAUUGAAAAGAUGUGCAACUUUUGAACAGGAAAGAAUAGGCAUCGAAGCCAGUAAACUAGUUCCAUCCUUCAAAAGAACUGCAGAACUAGUCGAAAAACUGAAAAAAAUAUCAAAUCCUUUAACUGGUAAUGCUUCUCAACAAAAAUUGCAUAUUAUUUUUCAAAGUGAAGGACACCCAGAUAAUCCAAAAUUCUUGAAAAGAAGUUCCUCAAAUGAGUCAAGUAACUCAAAUUUCAUCACAAAUGAUGAAAUAAAGGAAAUUAUUGCUUCUUUAAUAAGCCAAGAUUAUCUAAUUUGCAACCAAGGAAGAGUUAAAGCUUCUGAUUUUAAUAUUGCUGAAAUAGGUAAAAAUCAAAUGGACUUGUAUACACAAGUUGACGACUCAUUGCCUGAAACUACAAUGCGGCCUAAAAAAUAUAAACUAAAAACAUUUGUUCAGAGAUUGAUUACUAUGAAAUCAUAUUGUGAUGAUAACGAAUCUUUGAGUAAGGCUCUUGGAGAAUUAGGGAUGUGGGAUUUUGAUUCCUUUAAGUUAAUUGAAUUUAUCACAAUAUUUAAAAUGGCAGUUAGGGAUAGGUCCUUAGUCCUGAUCCACCAGACUGGACCCAUAAACCGAAUUCAGUGAGAGAAGUCAAGCUUCUUGAGGGUUUUGGCUUGAAGUGAAAAGGUUUGUGCUGAGGCUGUCACAAACUAGAGGAGUCUUAAAGUGCUUGAUAACUUUAACGGUUCGAUGGUUAGACCGGUUCACCUACCGUUGCUCAGAGCUGCUUUUUUAGCUGAACCUCAAUUAAAGAAGACUUAGAAGACACUAAAAGUGCAAGAGAAAUUCAUUAAACUUAAACUUAAACUCAAAUUGAAUUUAUAAAUAACCCAGCUUUUGAAGUUGGAAGAUACAUUUUUAGGAUGACGGGGCUAAUUUUAACUUACGAUAUUGAUGAACAUAAGCUGGAUAGGUUUUUAACAGUUGUGGAAAAUGGCUAUAAGAAUCAGAACUAUUAUCACAACUCAUUGCAUGCUGCAGAUGUUGCUGCUUCAGCAAUUUUUUUAAUACAAGAAGGAAUUGAAUUGGGAAAUGGUUUAGCUGAUAUAGAUGUUUUCUCUUUGAUUAUAGCUGCACUUUGCCAUGAUGUUGGACAUCCAGGUGUUAAUAAUCCCUUCUUAAUAGCUAGCAAAGAUCCGUUGGCAUUUAAAUAUAAUGAUCAAAGUGUUUUAGAACAUAUGCACACAAAUACCACAUUUCAAAUUCUAAUCCUUUAAAGCCAAAUAAAAUUUUAUUAAAUUACUUACUCCCCCCCCCCCUCCGUGAGCGAACAAAAAAAUUUUGUUCGCUCACGGAGGGGGGUUAAUUUUUUUUUUUAAAAAAAAUUUAUAUAUAAAUUUUAUAAAAAAUAUUUUUUUUCGAAAUUUAAAAAAAUCCUAAUUUGCAAAAAUUGGGAAGCAAAUAUUAAUUUAAUUUAUAAAAUUUAUGUUUUAAAACGCAAUUUGUUUAAAAUUAAACAGAAUUAGCUCUAGAUUUCAUUAUACUAAUUAUCACUUAUAUAUCAAAAUUUUUUUCCAUUAAAAUUUUUUCUAUUAAAAAAAUUUUUGUUCACUCACGGAGGGUGGGUUUUUGGUCAAAAAAUGGCGAUUUUUCUAAUGGUUUUGUUCGCUCACGGAGGGGGGGGGGGAGUUACCAUCUUUUAUUUCUUAAAAUUGAAAAAUAUAGUGACCAAAAAUUUUGCUAUUAAUUGGGUGUAAGUGAAGAUAAAACAAAUAUUCUGGAAAAUUUUUCAAAAUCGGACUUCCAAAGGUUCAGAAAAAUAACUAUCCAAGCAAUACUUGGAACAGAUUUGCAGAUUCAUUUCGAUAAACUCUCAGACUUUCAAGCAAUGCUGUCUAAAAAGCUUACUUUUUCUGAUGACAAGUUUAAGUUGCUUGCUUUGCAAAUGUGCAUAAAAUGUGCUGAUAUCGGGCAUGGAGCGAAAACUCUUGAGCUUCAUAAAAGAUGGUCAAGUUUAAUAACUAAGGAAUUCUUCAAGCAAGGAGACUUGGAAAGGCGAAAUGGAUUAGCAGCCUCACCUCUCUGUGAUAGAGAAAGCGUUAUACAUAUUAAUGAUGUAUAGUCCUCAAAGGAGUAUAUUUUAUGCAACAAUUUAUAUUUGAUUUGCAAAUAAUUUUUAAAUGCAACUGAAAUUCUGCUAGCCAGAAAUUAUUUAUCUCCUUCCGCCCAUGAUUGAACAAUUUUCAUGUAUUUAAGCAUGAAGUUUAUUCCUUGCCUUAACUAUUGCAGAUUAAGAUUAAGUUUAGCCGUUCACAUUUGAAGGGCCGGGAUUUGCACCCCUUCACGCUCAUCACCUAUGGUAAGGCCUCGGCGGACAUCAUUCCUUGCUGCCGCAAACAAGGGAUUCGCACAUACCAGUCUUGAGUUCCAUGGCUCCUGGAGUCUAAGGGCCAAUCACAUGGGUCGAAACUCCCAGUUUCUCGUUAGGCAAAUACCGUCUUCAGGGUCUGUGAGUCAUAUUGCCUCAAUGAUUGUCCUGGAGAAAAAAACCCCAAAUCCUGAGGAUUAGCUCCCUGAGACCAGGAGAAGCCCAGCCCGACAUACACAAAGGGUUUCCGAUCCUUUUCCACCUAAAUCCCCAACAAUGGGCCAUUGCCUGCAGGUGUUAAAGAAAUAGGGCUGGGAGGUCGGGGUGGCUCGCCAUUUUUAUGUAUAUAACUAUUGCAGAUAAUAAUCAAUAUUAAAGAUAAUGCAGGAUAAUAACAUCAGCAUCAUUCUAAUAUGAUUUAUAGCAUUAUUGCUAAUAAACUUUUUAUGGGUGAAAAGAUUUAAUAUGAGAUCUACAAAUUAAUUUACUAUAAAUUUUUUCGUAAAUGAUAAAUUGCUCUAGCAAUUUUAGUGCGAAUUUAGUGUGCUAUUUAUUCUAAGCUAGCAUAUAAUAAGCAAAUCUCAAGAAGGGUUUCUUAAGGUUCUUGUAAGACCUCUUUUUGAAAGCUGGGCAGAAUUUUUAGAAAUUCAUGCUAGCGGAGAUAAUAAAGAAAAGGCAAUCAGUAAAUUCGAAGUAUGCAUCACCAAUAUAUUAUGCAAUAUUGAAUAUUGGGACAACGAAUACAAUCUAUUCAAGGAAGGGAAGCAAGGCUUUUUCCUCGAUAAUAUGCCUCCUCCAUUGCGAAAGAAGCAUGCAACCCAAAUAAUCAACGGAUUUAAGUAG